AUAUAAUAGCAAUAGAAUCCUGCUGCUCUAGUCUACCUUUCUAUCUUUUGGCCUAAUCAUUUAUUCUCACAUUUUUCUUUAAACUAGAAAGUCUAGAAUCCAAGUACAAUAUCAUCCCUAAUAUCCUUAAAUCUCCUUUUCUAUUCACAUUCCUUCUCCGUGAAGGUGCUUACAGAAAUGGUUUUGGUUGAUAAUCAUGUUGGCAAAGACGGGGCAGAAGAUGGUAGUCUGGUUGAUUUUCGAGGAAACCCGGUUGAUAAGUCUCGUACAGGGGGAUGGCUAGCUGCAGGACUCAUCCUAGGAACCGAGCUAUCAGAAAGGGUAUGUGUCAUGGGGAUAUCAAUGAAUUUAGUCACAUACUUGGUCGGAGAUUUACAUCUUCCAUCCUCCAAAUCUGCCAACAUUGUCACCAACUUCAUGGGGACACUUAAUCUUCUUGGACUUCUAGGUGGUUUCUUGGCAGAUGCUAAACUUGGCCGAUAUUUGACUGUUGCAGUCUUCGCUUCAAUUGCUGCUGUGGGGGUAACACUGUUGACACUGGCGACAUCCAUUCGAAGCAUGAAGCCCCCUGAAUGUGACCCAAGAAAAGGUGGUCAAUGCAUUGAAGCCAGCGGCCAGCAACUUGCUCUUCUCUACACAGCACUAUACACCCUAGCUCUUGGUGGUGGUGGAAUCAAGUCAAAUGUCUCCGGGUUCGGGUCAGACCAAUUUGACCCAUCAGAUCCAAAGGAAAACAAGUCCAUGAUAUACUUUUUCAACAGGUUCUAUUUCUGCAUAAGCCUGGGUUCUCUGUUUGCAGUGACUGUGUUGGUGUAUUUACAAGACAAUGUAGGAAGAGGAUGGGGAUACGGGAUAUCAGCAGGCACGAUGGUUCUGGGAGUGGCUGUAUUGAUCGGUGGAACAACGUUGUAUAGAUUCAAGAAGCCUCAAGGAAGUCCUUUGACUAUCAUAUGGAGAGUUCUGUUAUUGGCUUGGAGGAAGAGAAAUCUUUCCUACCCUUCUGAUCCUGGCUUCUUGAACGAAUAUCAUAAUGCAAAAGUCCCACAUACACAUAUGCUGAGGUGUCUUGACAAGGCAGCCAUUCAUGAUGACUGUGCAACUGCAAAUGAAGAUAGCAAGAACCCUUGGAUAGUUUCAACAGUUACAAAAGUUGAAGAAGUGAAAAUGGUGCUUAAAUUGAUUCCCAUAUGGUCCACAUGCAUACUUUUUUGGACAGUAUACUCUCAGAUGACUACCUUCACCAUUGAACAAGCUACCUUCAUGAAUCGGAAUGUCGGCAACUUUGCCGUCCCUGCAGGAUCCUUUUCUGUCUUUCUCUUUAUUAGCAUACUUCUCUUUACUUCCAUAAAUGAAAGAGUCACUGUACGUAUUGCCAGAAGAAUCACUCACAAUAGCCAAGGAAUUACAAGCCUUCAGAGAGUUGGAAUUGGACUACUACUCUCUAUUGUUGGUAUGGUAGCUUCAGCUUUGGUAGAAAAACGACGAAGGGAACAUGCCAUCCAUCAUAACUUCAAUAUAAGAGCUUUUUGGUUAGUCCCUCAAUUCUUCAUAGUCGGUGCUGGGGAAGCUUUUGCUUAUGUAGGUCAGCUAGAAUUUUUCAUCAGGGAGGCACCAGAAGGGAUGAAAUCUAUGAGCACAGGCCUAUUUCUCAGCACACUCUCAAUGGGAUAUUUUGUGAGUAGCUUGCUGGUGUCCCUUGUACAGAAAGCAACAAAAGGAAGAUGGCUUAAAAGCAAUUUAAACAAAGGAAAGCUGGAUCUUUUCUACUGGAUGCUAGCAGUCCUUGGAGUAAUUAAUUUCUUGAUUUUCAUUGCUUUUUCUAUGAAACACCAAUAUAAGGUGCAAAAUCUUAGCAAUCUUGAGGAUUCUGCAGAAGAGCUUGGGAAUUGGAAAAAUUUGAACCUCAACAACCAGGAAAACAGGCUCGAAGCAGAGGAGGAGGAGGAAGCCUAAAAAUUCCAUGAAGAUAAUCUCGGUUUAAGCUUUUUAUUGUCAAAUACAGCUAAGUACUUCUGAAGAUGGCAUACGACAGCAUAUGAGCUUUCAACGAAUCAUUCAUUUCCAAAGUUUGUACUGUAGGACCGUAUUCAAUUAUCAAAGAAUCAAUAAUAAUUUGCAACAA